UCUAAAAAUGGCUUCCUUUUCUUUGGAGGCAGGAGUAAAGACAGAAAACUCCUCUCAGAAGUCGACUCCGGAAACCGGGAAGCUGAAAGAGGAGACGGCCGAUCCGGACUACGAUUCGGAACAACUGUUUCAAACUUUCGAGACCUCGGCGCUUAGCUUCUCGACAGACCAGCUAGCAUGUCUGUGCGAGGCGCUCCUGCAGGCGGGCAAUGUGGAUCGCCUGUGCAAAUUCCUCUCCUCCAUCCCUCCGUCGGCCGACCUGCUACGUGGCAACGAGACCCUGCUGAAGGCCCAAGCACUGGUCGCCUUUCAUCGGGAGGAAUUCAAGGAGAUGUACACGAUUUUGGAAAGUCACUACUUCCACCCGAGCAACCACGGGUUCCUUCAGGACCUAUACUUGCAGGCGCGCUACAAAGAAGCAGAGAGGUCCCGGGGUCGUACCCUGGGCGCCGUUGACAAGUAUCGACUCAGGAAGAAGUUUCCCCUGCCAAAAACAAUCUGGGAUGGAGAGGAGACUGUGUAUUGUUUCAAGGAGAAGUCUCGUAAUGCGCUGAAGGAAUGCUACAAGAGCAACAGGUACCCUACUCCCGACGAGAAGAGAAACUUGGCCAAAGUCACCGGGCUCUCCCUCACCCAAGUAAGCAACUGGUUUAAGAAUCGACGCCAGAGAGACCGAACCCCGUCCGGCACCAACAGCAAAAGCGAGUCGGAUGGUAACCAUAGCACGGAGGAUGAGGCCAGCAGGGGUGGGGCUGAAGACAUUGCCAUGACACCCAUCCCUCAAGACAACCCGGGAUGUCCUACAGCUUCCCUCAUAUCCCUCUCUGGUGCACCUUGCAGCUCCGGAGGUCAGCUGCUGCUGAAUGGCACAGGGGGUUUCCUCACCGCACCACACCCCCUGCUCCUAAACGGAGGCUCCCUGCUGCCAGGGCCUGGAGGUGGGGUAAUUAUCAACGGGCUGACCCUGAGUGACGGCCACACCAUCACCUUGAGCCCCGUCACGGCCAACCCCCCUCUGCUUCUCAACGGAGCCCAAGUUAUCCCCAAAAUAUCAGGAGGUGUGGAUCUGGCUGCGGACGAUAAGAGCGUGACCGCACAAACCGCCAUGCCCGCCAUCGUCUUGAACACCAGCGCCAUUCCCAGCACCACCGCCUCUCUCCCGCUGCCAGAAGAUGGCAAGCCAGUCUACAGCAGCACCAGUGCCUCGGUCCUCCCUACAGUUGACUUCAUCAGCUCUCUCACUGUGCAGGAGGGCUUGAGUCUGAAGGAAGAGGAUGACUCCCAGCCCCUGUCCCCACCGUCCGUGUCCUCCUCUGACUCCCCUUGCCCCCUCCCCUCUCCCAAUUCCCUGACCUCCCUGGUCUUGGCCCAGACCAGCAGACCCCCUGAAAACGACAACCUCCCAGUCGUGGUGUCCCAACCGGGGACAGUCCAACCUGUACAGUCCAGUCAGGUGGUGCCUGUGCCUUCCCAGCAGCCAGAGGUUGUGGUGUUUGCCACCGCUGGAUCCCACUUGAGCCCCAGCAGCCAGAUCUGUCAGGUGGUCUCAUCAUCCUCUGCCUCGACCCCCCAGGUUCUCUCUCUGCCCCAGGUGGUCCCUUCCAUUCAAGGAAUACCUGUCUCCCAGCUGGUCCAGCACCAGGCCAGCUCACAAGUGUCCCCAUGCCCCCAGCUGGUUCCUGUGUCCCCACUCACCACGCAGCUUCCCCAGGGCUCCCACAUUCCCCAGCUCCAAGCUCAGACCCUCCACGUAGCAACCCGACUUGCACAGCCUCAGCAGCUGGGCGGGUCCUCCACACCAAGUGAGGGCACUGCAGCGAUCUCCCUGACCAGCACGCAGGCACAGCCGGGACUGACACUCCAGCUGGGUGACCAGGCAGCUGCUGCCUCUGCCCCUUCCCAAACCCAAAUGCCUGGAGCCCAGAUCAUCCCACUCUCUUCCCCAACACAAGUCGUCCCUGUUUCCCAGCCCGGGCAGGCUGCCACAGCUCACCUGGUCCCCCUGUCUUUACCGCAGCUCAUCCCCGUGUCCUCCGUGUCCUCCACCUCCUUUCCCCAGGUGGUGCCGGCCUCCCCCUCGCUCUCCUUUUCGUCCCCUGGAGGUGCCUUUCAGAUCCUAACCUCCAGUGCAGGCUCUAGUGCGGGCGUGGCCCAGGGAGCCUUCAGAGUCAAUCAGCUGGGGCCCUUGCAAAGUGUGGCGGCCCCUGUUAGCAGCACUCCAGGGGUCCAGUUCCUCAAUUCUGGACCUCAACUCAUUCAGCUCCCCGCCGCCUCUCCAGCAGGGAACCUUCUCCUCGCAGGAGGGGUUGGAGGUGGUCCCAUACUCACAGGUCUCAGCAUACAGCAGGGAAAGCUGGUGCUGACCAUCCCAGCAGGGGUCCAGUUUGCCAACCUGCCUGUUAAGCCUGUAGCAGAGGAACAGGCCCCUAGCAAUGGAGGCAUUGCCCUUACCCCUGUCAUCUCUCUGGCACCCACCCAGACCACCUCCUCCACUCCCUCUUCCUCGAGCUCCUUCCAGACACCAGAGCCCUCUCUCAGCUUUAUCAACUCUGCCAGCACACCCCAGCACACCCUCAGCCCGGACAGGGUCCUCUCCCACAGUCCCUCAUGCAGCACUGCGCCCCCUACCAUCCAACUCCCCCAGGCCACCUGGAGCCCUGUGUCCCUGUCCAGCACCACUGGCUUGGCUCUCUUUGACGUCCGGGGGAAGGGGGAACUACCAGAAGACCAGGCUUUGCUGGGCCUAGCUGGUAGUGACGGCCUCCUCCUGGGGCCUGUCUCUCUGGAUGAGGAUGUUGGGGGCACGACACGGCUGGAGGGCUCAGAGGACAUGGACGGAGACCCGAAAAUCCUCACCCAGCUUCAGUCUGUGCCAGUGGACGAGGACCUGGGUUUGUAACACCAAUACCUUACUAGGGUCUUCUCUCUUGGAUGGCUGCCCACACCCUAAAACCAAAUCCUCCUCAACUCUCUCAAAUCUGUGAGAGCCAGAGCUUGGGAGCUUGUGUGACCAUAAAGACCUGCAGUGGAGGGCCUGACUCUUCAACA